AUGUCAUUCUCUCUCCCUUAUUAUCGGGAUGCUGGUCAAUUACCAGGGCCUCUUCCUGAUCAGAAUGAAAUUGAACGAGCAACACGAACCCUUCCCAAGAGAUCAGAUUAUGGUGGGCGCGUGGUCGUAAUCAGAGAAAAAUAUGUUGUGAAACAUGGCCCACUUGUGACUGAGAAUGAAGGACAUGCUCUACUUUUUGUUGAAAAACGACUCAACAUCGCAGCGCCACGACUCUACGCCAUGUACCGGCAUCGGGAUACCUUGUAUAUCGUCAUGGAAUACAUCCCAGGCAUUUCUCUAGCAAUGGCGUGGCCUUCGCUCACUGAGGCAAAGAAACACUCGAUUGUUGGACAAUUGCGGUGCAUCUUCGAUCAAAUGAGAGCGUUACCAUCGCUCGGAUUUUAUGGCAGUGUCAAUCGCGGACCCGUUCCCCAUAGGUACUUCUUUUCCCGUGAAUUAGACCCUGCUGUUACCGGUCCAUUUCAGAAGGAAGAAGAAUUCGGAAAAGCCAUCGCACUUCGCUCAAAAAAUAUGUGGAGCGAAUCAAACAGCCACAGCUUUCUCUCCGACUAUCUUGCUCGCCACCUCCCAUUAGUACUUCGCAAUCAUCCACCUACAUUCACCCACGGAGAUCUCCACAGAGAGAACGUUCUUGUCAGAAAGGUCGUCAAUUCUGUCACAAAUGAAGAAGAGUAUGAGGUAGCUGCUCUUGUGGACUGGGAAACGGCUGGAUGGUAUCCUUCAUACUGGGAAUAUGCUCAUAUCUUCCCUUUAUUGCAGUGGAUUGACGACUGGCCAGCAUAUGUUGAGAAGAUUCUCGAUCCUUUGCCGCUAGAGGGCGCCAUGAUGCGGGUUGUCUUUAGUGAUCUGGAGUUCUAA